UGUGGUUCACAGCUGUCAUCUGAAGCGAUUGUUGUGAUUUGCUAAUAGAUUUCGACGUCUCGACCCUUGAUUGUUAGAUACAUAGGUCUUAUUAGACACAAACGAACGUGCAUAUGUGUUCAUCUAUGAAUUCAAAUAACAGUAUUAUAUAAAAUGUUGUAAACAUUUAGUGUCUGCAAAAAUUUAAAAUGGAAACUACGCCACUUUUAACGCGACCUAAAAAGAAAUCCAUAUGGUCAAGAUUAAACUUUGGAUGGUAUCGUCGAAAGGAACUUUGCGCUCGAGUUAUACAUUUAGGGGAAUUACCAGAAGAAGAGUAUCCUGCGAACUAUGUUUGCAAUCAGAAAUACAACAUCCUCACAUUCCUGCCUAUUGUAUUAUUUGAACAGUUCAGAUUUUUCUUGAACUUGUAUUUCCUGGUUAUGGCUCUCAGUCAGUUUAUACCGAGCAUACGUAUUGGUUACCUGUACACCUACUGGGGUCCGCUCUGCUUUGUGCUUGCUGUCACUGUGUUUCGAGAGGCCAUUGAUGAUUAUAGAAGAUAUAGACGUGACAAAGAAGUGAAUCGUCAGCGGUACGAACGCAUAGUCCUAGACACGCCCAGCGAUGGCUACCGUCCGUUCGUGACAGAACAAGUAUCUGCCUCAGCGCUGCGGGUGGGCGAUAUUGUGAUGCUACACAAGGGCCAGAGGGUCCCCGCUGACAUGAUACUGUUGAGGACCAAUGAGACCAUGGGAACUGUGUUCAUACGCACUGACCAGUUAGAUGGAGAAAUAGAUUGGAAAGUAAGAAUACCACUACCAUCGACGCAAAAACUACCCACCGAUGCGCAUUUACUAGACAUAAACGCUAAGAUUUUCAUCGAGAAACCGGAGAAGGACAUACAUUCGUUCAUCGGCACCUGCACUCGAUUGGAUGAAGAGGAAAUCGAUUCUUUGGACAUCGAGAACACGUUGUGGAGCGGCUGUGUUGUCGCUUCGGGGCAGGCUACUGGCCUUGUCAUUUAUACAGGUAGCGAAACUCGCAGCGUGAUGAAUAAUGCAGCACCAAGAUCGAAAGUAGGUCGACUCGAAUUAAGGGUGAAUGACUUUACCAAAGUGCUGUUUGUGGCGACUCUCUUUACAUCGUUCCUGCUCAUCGCGUUAAAAGGUUUUGAUGGACCCUGGUAUGGAUUCUUCUUCAGAUUUGUACUGCUCUUCUCAUAUAUUAUUCCUAUCAGCUUGCGAGUGAACCUAGAAAUGGGCAAAGUGUUCUAUUCCUGGACUAUACAGCGUGACAAGAAGAUAGAAGGUACUGUGAUGCGAUCAACCACAAUCCCCGAAGAGCUAGGACGAAUUCAGUACCUGCUGGCUGACAAAACCGGCACACUCACUAAGAACGAGAUGGUUUUCCAGAAAUUGCAUUUGGGUAAUGCUCUGUUUGAUAAGGAAAACUUUCAUGAGGUGGAAGCGCUGCUGACGCAGCACAUAACCAAAGACAGUCCGUCGGUCCCGGUGUCGCCCACGGAGGGCGCGUGGGCGACGCCGUCCCCGCGCCAGGUGUGGGACAGCGUGCUCGCGCUCGCGCUCUGCCACAACGUGACGCCCGUGUACGAGCUCGACGAGCAGGACGACGCGCAGUCCGACAUGGGCAGUUCGGUGAUGUCGGAGAGUUGCGGAGGUGCUGUGCCUCAGCAGCAGUUGUGCGACUACCAGGCGGCCAGCCCUGAUGAAGUGGCCCUUGUCAAGUGGACUGAUAUGAUGGGUGUGUCCCUUUACCGUCGCGAUCUCCACAACAUAUCGCUGAAACUCCGCGCGGCCAACGAGAUAAUGUCCUUCAACAUCCUGCAGAUCUUUCCGUUCACCAGCGAGAGCAAGAUGAUGGGCAUUAUUGUACAGGAAGAAAUCUCCGGCGACAUAACGUACUACGUGAAGGGCGCCGACGUGGCGCUCUCCAAGCUGCUGCAGUCCGGCUGGCUGUCGGCCGAGUGCAGCCGCCUCGCCGCCGACGGCCUGAGGACGCUCGUCGUCGCCAAGAAGAACCUGGCCAAGAACGAGUACUUGGAGUUCGAGAGCGAAUACAAAGAGGCCCGGCUGAGCGUGACGAACCGCAGCGAGCGCACGGCGGCGGCGCUGGCGCGGCUGCAGCGCGGCCUCGAGCUGCUCGGCCUCACCGGCGUGGAGGACCGCCUCGCCGCCGACGUGCCGCGCACGCUCGCCAUGCUGCGCGCCGCGGGGGUCAAGAUCUGGAUGCUAACCGGGGACAAGCUAGAGACAGCACUGUGUAUAGCUCGUUCGCUCCACCUGGGCGGCGGCUCGCGCUGGGUGGCGGCGCCCGAGUGCGUGUCGCGGAGAGAUGCGCAUCAGCUGCUCACUGCGCUGAGGCAGGCUACUGACACCGACCUGAUACUGGAGGGGGAGACUUUGGAGGUGUGCCUGCGCUCGUACGAGGAGGAGUUCGUGGAGGUGCUGCGCGGGUGCGCCGGCGUGGUGGUGGCGCGCUGCUCGCCCACGCAGAAGGCGCAGGUGGUGCGGCUGCUGCGCGCGCGCCGCCUGCGCGUCGCCGCCGUGGGGGACGGCGGCAACGACGUGGCCAUGAUACAGGAGGCGGAUAUGGGGGUGGGUAUAGAAGGCGCAGAAGGUCGCGCAGCAUCCCUAGCUGGAGAUGUCAGCAUCCGCAGUUUUUCCUACCUCGCUCGUCUAUUGUUAGUCCAUGGGAGGAGGUCCGUCAUGAGGUCCGCUGCUCUGUGCCUGUUUAUCGUGCACAGAGGUCUCAUCGUGUCUACUAUGCAGGCCGUGUUUUCUGUCGUGUUUUACUUCUCAUCGGUAUCGCUGUACCCCGGGUUUCUUAUGGUGGGUUAUGGAACGGUUUAUACAAUGCUGCCAGUGUUUUCCCUUGUACUCGACAAGGACAUAUCAAGUUCCACGGCGCUAAGGUAUCCGCAACUCUAUAAGCAACUGACGAAAGGAAGACAACUCUCCUAUAAGACGUUCUACAUUUGGAUCGGGAUAUCAAUAUACCAAGGUGGCGUUAUCAUGUACGGUGCGUUGGUGCUGUUCGAAGACCAGCUGAUACACAUAGUGGAGAUCAGCUACACGGCGCUCAUCCUCACCGAGCUGAUCAUGGUGGCGCUCACCGUCACCACCUGGCACAGGCUCAUGGUGGUGGCGGAGCUGGCCAGUCUGCUGAUGUAUACUGCCACGCUUCUCAUAUUUACCACGUAUUUCGAUGGUGACUUCAUCCGCCACUGGGAUUUCUGGUGGAAGGUGACGGUCAUCACGCUGGUGUCGUGUCUCCCGCUCUAUAUAGUCAAGUACAUGCACCGGAAGUGGAGGAUGCGCCAAUACAAGAAUAUACGGAAGUGAACGCUUUCCCGCCUUUUUCCUAGCUCACGUUGCUUUAAACAACAUUCUAGAAUAGUUACCGUAUUCCACUGUUAUAUGUAGCGUGUAAAUGCGAUUUCUUUUUCUUUUUUAUUGAUGGAAUGACUUUGUAAUCGAGUAUAAGUUAUGUUGGUUGUCAGUUAUAGAUUUAUUUGACAGUCUGUGACUGUAUGCACUUGAGCACUUUAUUAAAUACAUUUCAUCAAUUCAGGUAUCAACAUAAAUAAAUCAAGCAAAGAAUUGUCACUAAAUUUUAACUUAAAGUCAUCUCAGUUGUCUAGACAAUUUUCUUAUUUACUUGAUUAGAUUUAAUUUAAUUUCCUUUAGUAGGUCUAUUGUGUCUGGACAAGAUUUAUGUGGCAUAUUAAUAAAUAAAUAAAUAAAUAUAUGGAGUGCAAAAAAAGUCAAAAUGGCGCCAAUUGAUAUUAUUCAUUUACAUUUAUUGAUUAAACUAGAUUUCGUUUCUAUUUAUACAGAUUGUUAUACAAAUUAAAUUGUUUUUAAUUAAUAUUUAGACGAAUAGUUAAGCGUAGUACAUACCUAUGGCAAAAUAUCUCUCGAGCGUGCGUUCUUAUGUUAUAAAAUUAUUAUUCGAGGGUUUUUCUUUUUCAAUUUAAUUGGUUCAAGAUAAUUAAACACGUUUGUUUUUAUUAUUGACUGGAUUUACUUGACAAUAACUUUCGGCUUUCUUAUAAUAAUAAUUCACAUUAAGAAUUCAAUCUCGAUAUCUUGCUUUUUCUCGCAGAUUUUCACAACUUUGUACUGUUACUGUCUGACGAUAUUGACUAAAAGAUCCUGGAUUUUAAACCCAGUAGGUGAUAUCAUAUGAUAACAAGGAGGCUGAAUAUUGCGUAGGCUAACACAGAAUAACCAUCAGAUUUUUUUUUAUUCAAUACCUUGCCUUUAAGGAUGCUCCAACGAUUAAAGAGGAACAUAUAUUAUAUGACAUACAUAUAUAAUAUUUUCGGAACCAUUUUUAUAGUACAAUAGCUGCUGCAGUAGUCAUGUGUCGUAUAAUAUGAACUAUUCUAUCUUGUAAGUUGGCUCAAACUGCACACGGUGUGCAUAUUUGAUUAAAAUUAGUUGAGUUGGAGUCCAUCGCGGAUCAACGACAUGACAUGUAAUGUAUAUAUUAUAUGAAGAUUUAUCUGCGGUGACCUCUUCUUUGGUGUGUCAAGCGCCGAAAGAUUUAUAUUUUGUUGCAAAGUUGUUUUAUUCAAUAUGCUCUAUCCAGAAAAAUAAUACUCCGACAGCUGUUAAAGUUAAACAUGUAUCUAUUGAAAGUUUGGUUUUACAAAAAAUCAAAUGGAUUUAAUAAUAGUAUCGCUACUUGUGUGUUUGCUUACGGACUUUUCAGCCCAAACUUGUAAGGUCUAAGGUAUUUUGCGUCUAAAAAUCAAUUAUUGAAACAAAUAACGUGUCUGCCCCAAUCCCCCUUAAGGGGACACGGAACUUUAUUCUUACAACAAAUUAUGAUAUUUCUAAAAUAAACUCGUGAAGCGAUGGAUUCUGACGAAUAUCUCUUAAAGUUUUAAAUAUCGAAAAGUGUUCAAAAUAGAUUAAAUUGUUUCGUCCAUCGUUUAAAAGUAUUUAUGUUUUAAAAGUAAUUAAUGAAAAUUUACUGUGAUUAAUAUAGAUUAAGUAUAUUUAUAGGUAUAUUCCACAGGUAAUAAAAGUGUAUGAAGUUUUUAUAUACAGUACAAACUGUGUAUGUGAUAUGUAUUUAUUUGUUAGUCUAUAUUGUUUAGGUGAAGUAUUGAUCGUCACAGUGUUAUUAUUUAAAGUAAGAUUGUGUAUUACAAUAAGUUUUGCAAAAAUAAAUUAUAAAAAUAAA